AAAGGAUUUUUCCGAAAUUAAUAGUGAAAUUACAGUCCACAAUCGGUAGCCAUGAAUUGGGCAGCACGUAUAUGGAGCAGAACUCUGCGUAGUAGUUUUUCAACUUUGAUAGAAACAAACAUUGAAAAGCCCUACUAUCUAGUUUCCGUAGCUUGCGGUUUUCCGAAAAACAUUUUGCGUUCCAAAUUUAGGCUAGGAAAGUUUGGAGAUGAUGCAUGGUUUAUAACUUCCACGAAGAAGGCAGACGUGAUUGGUGUCGCGGACGGUGUUGGAGGAUGGCGCAGUUAUGGAAUUGAUCCCGGUGAAUUUGCUUCGUUUCUGAUGAAAACAUGCGAACGGCUAGUGCAAUGUACCCACUUCAAUCCUACAAGUCCAGUAAAUUUGCUUUCUCAUAGCUAUUGUGAAUUGUUAGAAAAUAAAAGAUCGAUAUCAGGUAGCAGCACGGCGUGUGUUCUAAUCCUAAAUCACGAAAACAGCACAUUAUAUACAGCCAAUAUAGGAGACAGUGGUUUCAUAGUGGUUCGCGGUGGUCAAAUUGUACAUCGUAGUGAAGAGCAACAACACUAUUUCAAUACGCCGUUUCAGCUUUCGCUGCCACCUCCAGGUUUAGAUAACGUAUUGAGUGACAGACCAGAGUCUGCGGACACAAUGAACUUCCCGGUGGAAAAAGGGGAUAUCAUAUUGGUUGCAACAGAUGGAGUGUUCGACAACGUUCCUAUGAAGCUAUUGGUGGAUACAUUGAGUGAGGUUGAAGGCGAAGAAGAUCCUGUAAAGCUGCAAAUGUGUGCAAAUUCAAUUGCAUUGAUCGCUCGAUCGUUAUCCUUCGAUAGUGAAUUUAUGUCGCCAUUUUCUAUCAAUGCGCGACGCAAUAACAUAAACACGAUGGGCGGAAAACCUGAUGACAUAACCGUCGUUUUAGCAUCUGUUGUGAUAUAAAACAUAACUUCAUAGAUAGAAAAAAAACUUCAUCGCAUCGUUCUUUAAAAAUAUAUUAUACGUAGAGGAA